GGGCUUCCUAAACGAGCCUAGCAACCCACGUUUUGCACCACGUUGCAUGCUAUCGAAACUCUAAAUCCAGAUUCUGAAGCUUGACAUGUCCGUCAUCGUUCUUUUAACCUCUCGAGGCAAAGCUAUGAUGAGUUGUCCAAGAACACGAAAGCGAGGAUACCCUUUCAGAAACACGGACCGACCGAUGUUCCGAAUAAGAGCUGUGCCUCAUCCCGACCCUCUCACCACCCAGUUACUGUUUCUCAAACCCCUCCUCUAUUCUUCCACAAUGCAAACAUGUCAAAUGGCCCAUGCCAGCUCCUCUCCUUACCUCCCGAACUCCGCCUUAUGAUCUACGAAUCUCUGUGGCAGCCACUGAGCACUAGCAAUGCCAACGUCGAGCUGCUGACCCCCACGUCGGUUCCCACGUCCACCGAUCUCUCACUCCUCCGUACCUGUCGCCAAAUCCACCACGAAGCGCGCCGCAUAGCAUUUCUUCAACACACCUUCAUCCUGACGCGGAAUUUACACAGAAGACCGCUUGCGCACGAACCACGCGUCGAGCCCAUCUCUCUUGUCCGCUCCCUCGCUAUCCCAGAAUGUCACCUCACUCAGACCAUUCCUGGCUGCGAGCUAUUUCCACCGCGAUGUUAUUCGUUCAAGGAGAUCUGUAGCCUUGUGCGGAGGUUUCGGCAUUUGGAGGAGAUAUUGGUGUUGACGGAUGCACCGGGUGUGGUGACGAGGACGCUGUGGUCGAGGACGGCGCAUGUCAAUUUCAGGUUGAGGAAGGCGAGGUAUUUCAAGGAUGAGCGGCUCGCACCGAGCUAUGAUCUGCGGAGUUUAAGAGGGGAUAAGACAGGGAGGGUGGGUUGGCGGCUGACGGUUAAUGUUGGGGAUAGCGUGGUUCGGGGGGCGAAUAUUCUGUUGGUUGGGUUGAAAGAUACGGGAGUGGGGAAGGGCUGAGAUCGGAAUGUGGAUAGGAUGAUGAAGAGUACAGCAUGAUUUGAACGGAGAUAUGACCAUCAUGGAGUGGGUUGCAUUACGUUGGCGAUAAACAAC